AUGGUGGGCGGCGGCGGGACGCGUGGGCGUCUGGCGCCGCUGGCCGCAGUGGGCGGCAACCUGGCGCGGAACGCCGGCCCCGUGCUGACCUGUGCGGCAGCAGCAGCUGCCGGUGCAUUGGUGGCGAAGAGCUGCAGGGCGCGUACGGCGGAGGCGGCGGCCCUGGAGCGACGCAGGGCUGAGCUGGCGGCCUACGACGCGGCCGUCAAGGCCACAGCCAAGGACCGAGAGGCGGCCUGGCAACAGCUGCUGGAGCAGGAGGGGAGGCAGCGCGCCGUCAAGGCUGUUGUCGAGACCAUCUUUGGCAACAUUCGCGCCCGAGAGGCGCGUGAGCUCAUCGCUGCCGCCCAGGCUCAGGCGGCGGCGGUGCACCAGGAGGCCGAGGCCGCGCGCUCCAGGGCUGUGCGGCUCGAGGCCUCUGCCAGGCGGCGCAGUGCCAAGCUGGGGGUGCGCAAGGCUGCGGUGCAGACGGGCGAGUCGCAGAUUCAGAGGCGCGAAGAGGCGCUGGAGGAGGCCGAGGAGGCGCAGGAGCGCGCUGCCGCGGAGCUGGCGGUGGAGCGCGCACAGGUGGAGCACCGCGCGGCGCGCGCUGAGGCGGCGUGUGCGGAGGCGGCGGGCCGCCUGCGCGCGACCAUCGUGGAGGUGGCCGAAGCUCGGGAGGAGCUGCAGGAGGAUGCAGCGGAAAUGAUGACGGAGAUCCAAGGGGCCUCGCAGGAGCUGGCCCGGCAGCAGGAGGAGCUGCAGGGGGCGGUCACGGCGUUUGAGCGGCAGAGGGCCGCGCAGCGCGCCGAGGUGGUGCAGGAGGAGCAGGCGAUGGCGGCGAAGCGUGAGGGCCUGCAAAGGGAGGAGGCGGAGCACGCCAAGGCGGUCAAGGAGCGCACUGAAGCGAUGACUGAGUACUUCCAGUCGGCUCAGGCGCAGCUAGUGCGGGGCCAGGCGAAGCUGCAGCAGCGCGAGGAGGCGUGGUCGCAAGAGUCUCGGAUGCAGCACAUGCUGCACGCGGUGCCACGCCUGUGA